AAUUUCCCUCCAAACCCUACUUUGGUUCUCUCUCUUUGUUCUUCUGGUUUGUGGGGUCUGGGAAUGGCGGAGUUUCCUCCGAACGUGGAGGAUGGGGAGCUUUGGCUUCCGUCCGACGUGUUUCCGGACGAGAUCUACCGUCCGAGUCGACGGACAACUGCCAAAUUGGAGCAGGAGCUCUCCCCGUGCGAACUUACGUCCUCCAUGGAGGAGCUUGCCCACCAGCUUGCGUUUGCCAUUCUCGACGAUGCUCACCACCACCAACAGCACAUCCAUGUUCCCGACCCCGUUCCCCACCUCGCUCCCUUCUCUCAGGAGAAACCUCAAAGGGGCCUUCAGGGACAUACGCGCCUCGGUUAUUCCGGCUUUCAGGUGUGGGAUUUGGGCAAGAAACCGCUUCAGGAAAGCGUCUCGAAGCCGGUCCUGAGUUCUGCUCAGCUUCUCGUCAAGCCGGCUCAUAACCAGGGCGUAGCGCUGGGUAGGUCCCGGAGCCAAAGCCGUGGGCUGCCCUUCCGAGUGGUGGGUUCGGGUGCGAGCGGCUUCAUCAGGGAAUCAGGCGGAACGGGCGUCUUCCUCCCUCGCGUCGCCCACUCCGACGCCGGCACUAAACGAAAGCCCUGCCUGAGGACUACGGAGGAGCAGCCUUCCGCAAGAAAUGCAGGUGGUGGUGGAGGACGAGAUUGGAGGCAACUUGGUGGCGAUGUUAACUCCAUCCAGAGUUCUCGCAGAUACCAACACCACCUUCACCACCACCCUUCUGAUAUCGCUCUUCCCUCUGAAUGGACCUACUGACUUCUUCUGCUCUGCUCUGCUUUGCUUUACUCCUCUGUAAAAGCAUAAUGUGGUUCCUUUUCACACCUUUUUUUCCCUCUUUUUUUUGGGGUUUCCAUGAAUAAGCUAGUGUUCGAGUGAUGGGAAGUGGAGAAAAGAAGGAGAAAAGAACAGAGGCAUUAACGGGAAAUAAUGUAAUUGAUGUUUUAGUUGUACGGCUGUAGAAAAAAGCACGAAGAAAAAGUAGUCUAAACUUUGUAAUAGGUCCGAAGCUCCUCCCCUCUACCUGUCAUCUCUCUGUGUAGUGCUGUACUACUGUAAAUAUAAUAAAUGGUUUAUUGCUUUCUUGGCCUUCA